GAACUCGGAAAAGCAAUGAGUAGACCAAAGCUAUGGCUAAAUUGUGUGUGAGUGAGUCUGUAUAACGAGUCAGACACGAUGUGGGCGCGGGCGCUGCUGGUGAUAUGUGCAGCGGCCCUGCUGCAGAGGACUAACUGUUGCAAUUUCUACCCCGUUGGCGAGUAUCUGAAAUUUGUCAGAAUACCGGAAAAUCUACAAGUGGGAGAUGAAGUUCUAAAAGUGGAAGUUCAUCCAAGAAAUAACCUCAGCCUGCAGCCCGUAGACCGGGAGGAGGAUGCCGCAUUUUUCACUUACCGUGACGUGAACCAGACGCACGUGGCGGUCGUGCUCGCGCAGCCGGUCGACGCGUUGGUCGACAGCGACUCGCCGCAGAACGUCGUCAAGUUCCGGCUGGGAUGCGACUACGACGCGGGAGACGACUUAAUAUCCGCAUACUUGUCGGUGACGGUGUACAUCGAAGAUAUCAACGACAAUUCACCAAAGUUCCUAGACACGCCAUACCAUGUUACUGUUGAUGAACUAACACCUAUUGGCCUCACAAUCUUCAAAGGCAUCCACGCGUUCGACCGCGACAAGCCGAACACUCCCAACUCCGACGUGCAGUACACGAUCAGCGCCGGCGACGAGGCCGGCCACUUCGGCCUCGAGAGCUCCCAUAAACCGGCCCUCGUGUUACGGAGGCCUCUGGAUUAUGAUGCCGAUGAUAAGGAAUUCUACAUAGUAAUCACUGCAUCGGACCGCGGUUCUCCAGCCCGAAGCACAAAUGCGACAGUUCACGUUACCGUCCAAGAUAACGAUGACUUGCCGCCUAAAUUCACUCAAGAUGUCUAUAAAACUCAAAUACCAGAGUUUUAUCCUUUCUUUGAUAAACGCAUACACAGGGAACUGAUCUUCGACGAUCCGAUUCGAGCGUUUGAUCAAGAUCUCAGCGUCAAGGCACCGGUUCGGUACGAUUUAGUCUCCGGGAACGAAAGAAAGCUGUUUUCACUAAACAUCAUCAACGGAACACUAUUCCUUGACAAAGAAAUUGAUUUGGAUGCUGAAACUGGAUUAUCAGGAAAUACGUUCGUGAUGCAAAUCCAAGCUGCCCAGGUAGAUAAUCCACUCAAAACUGCCCAAGCGAGAGUUGAAGUAGAAGUACUUGACUUGAACGAUAACCUACCGGAGUUCGAAGUCGACUUCUAUAAUAUAAGCAUCGUGGAAAAUCUUCCUAACGGGUUCAGUGUACUUCAAGUAAUGGCAACAGAUAGAGAUCAGGGAGAUAACGGAGAAUUUACAUACCAACUUAGCGAUCCUGAAGGGGCGUUUGUUAUCGACCCCAGAACUGGGUGGCUGACUGUUCGAAAUCAGACUGUUCUAGAUAGAGAAAGACAUUCAUCAUUACAAAUGAAGGUAUACGCUAAAGAAAAGAACCCAAGUGUAGUGGGAACAUUUUUAGACAAACAAAGAUUAUCAAAAUAUAGACGAACCCCAACAACACCUCGACCAGUUUAUAGAGAUAAAACAACAUAUAUAUUCCCUGAUAAAAUUGGUACAAAAAAUGAGAAUGUGGAAUAUUUUGAAGACCUGCAUCAGUUAAUGUCAUAUGUUACGGUCGAAGUCACUUUGUUAGAUGCGAACGAUAAUAAUCCUGUUUUUGUGCCUAGCAAUUUAUACGAAUUUGUGAUAAAGUCUCAUUCUAAAGUUGGGACAUAUAUUGGAAAAGUAAAAGCAGUUGAUCCGGAUUUGGGACGAAAUGGAAUGAUUUUUUUUGACCUCCAGAGAACCAGUAAUUUAACAAUAACAUCACCAUUUCAAGUAGAUGCGAAAACAGGUGUAAUUAGUUUAGCCGAAACUCCGGUCACUGAAGGCAGGCACGCUUUAUUUAUUGAAGCUUCGGAUCAGCCAGCUAACCCCAGUGAAAGAAGAUAUUCAUUAGCUGUUGUUACAAUCGACGUCAUAAAGUCAAGUAAGGGAACAAAACACGACAAACCAGGAUUUAUAGGAGCUCCAUAUGAAUUUUGGGUUGGUUCUAAUGUUGGCAUUGGCACUAGUGUAGGACAAAUACGCAUAAAUGAAGCGAUGGAAAAGAGUGAUGUUUCUUAUGACUUGCUUCAUGGAUAUGAAGAUGGAGUACCUUUUGCAGUAGAAGAAAGUUCAGGAGUAAUAACAGUAAUUGAAGAACUCUCAAGGUUUAAUCGACCAAUGUAUGAUUUCGAAGCCGUAGCAACACAAGAAAGUGCUAACGUAACGAUUACCACAAAUGCAACAGUUCACGUUGUUGAUGUGCACGACGAAAGAGGAGUAUUACUAAAGGGCGCUAAUUCUCCGCUUGUGUUUCAUGUCAAAGAAAAUGUUGCUGGAGCUACAAUUGGACAAAUAUUUCCUGUAAAUAUGAGCAAUUUACCUGUCAACGUAACAGGCAAUAUUCAUUUCAUUAUAGCUAACCACCAAGACAUUACAGAUGAUAUCGCUAUAGGUCAAGAUGGGACGAUAUAUGCCCAAAAACCUCUCGAUAGAGAAAAAAGAGAGGUAUAUAGAAUGACUGUAAUUGCAGAAUUUAAUAAAGGUAUGAUAUCUGGGGCUGGCAUUUAUCAAGUCACUAUACACGUAACUGAUGAAAACGACAACCCGCCAAUAUUUGAUUCUCUUCUUUAUGAAGGAUUUAUAACGGAAAACGCUAAAAAGGGCACAGAAGUGAAAAUGACCGACAAAAUUAAAGCAAGUGACGCCGAUGCCGGAUUGAAUGCUCAGUUUAUGUAUACACUGUUUGGAGAUGGGCAUGAAUUGUUUGAUGUCAAUGAAAAUACUAGCGUUGUGUCGUUUGUUGGAAGCAAACUAGAUAGAGAAGAAAAAAGUGUGUAUUUUCUAAAAAUAGUAGCAAGGGAUAAAGGAAGUUUAAGCUCUGAAGCUAAAUUAACUAUAACAAUUAUAGAUGAAAAUGAUUGUGAACCAAAAUACAAUCACAUUACAAUACCUAUAGGGGAGAACAUUGACCUGCUUGAAGUCGAUGAAAAAACAAAUAUUAAAAUAUAUCGUGAAAAAAAGAAUGAACUCAGCGGCAUAAUUAUUAACGUUGAGGCUAAACCAAGGAAUAAGUUUGCAUUUAUUAAUGCAGUUGGUCCCAUGUUCUCUAUUCCAGAAAACGUUGCCAUCGGUUCCACAAUCCUGAAAGUGAAUGCCAUAGAUAUGGAUAGUGGAGUUAAUGGACAAUUAAGAUAUGAGUUUAUUUCGGAAAUUUUUAUGCCUCCCUAUGCCAUAUCGUCUAAUACAAUGAACGUAAAACGAUACUUUGUGAUUAAUGAAAGACAUGGCCAUAUUAUAGUUGCAAGAGCACUACCACCAGAAUCUGAAUUCAGGUUAAACAUAUCGGCUAUCGAUGGUGGGGGUUUAAGCGAUCAUAUUGCAAUACGGUUUUUCAUUAAAGAUGUUAAUGAUCAUUUUCCAAUGUUUAAAAAAUCAUGGUACAAUUUCAAUGUUGAAGAAGCGCAAUACACAAGGAGAAUAUUAGGAAAAAUUGAUGCAACAGAUGCAGACUUCGGUCAAAAUGCAAAUUUAACAUAUUAUAUAGAACCUUCGAGUAAAGACUUGCCCUUUGAAAUUGCUCCCCUUAGCGGUGUUUUUAGUGUUAAUGGAGAACUUGACAGGGAACGAGAAGAUAAAUAUAUAUUAACCGUGGUAGCAAGAGAUAAUGGCCCAGAAAAAAAACUGUCAUCAACUGUAAGUGUUGAAGUUCAAGUAUUAGAUGUAAAUGAUAAUGCACCAAAGUUUUUUGCAUACAAUGAUUUGCUAGAGUGGAAACACCCAGAAGCCGGGGAAUUGACAAAUCAUAACUUUGAAUCCGUAAUGAUGAUACCUAUAUACAAAGCGACAUUAGAAGAAAACGCUCCGAUAGGAUCUACAGUUGCCAGAGUAUACGCAAACGACUCAGAUUUCAUUGGAAAUGGGAACGGUUUAAUCUUAUACAGCCUACCUCAAAGAAAAAAUAUAUUGAGUCUUUUUGCUAUAGAUUCAAAGGAAGGAAUUAUUACUACAACUGGCAGGCUCGAUUAUGAAAGUCAAUCAGUCCAUAAUAUCACAAUAACUGCAUCUGAUUUAGGCUCGCCUAGUUUAAGCUCAACCGCAAUUUUAAUGCUCACUGUAACAGAUGUCCCCGAUGAUGUAGAAGUAUCUGAUAAACCAGUGUUUAUUUCACGUUACUAUGAACUAGAAAUAGAAGAAAAUACUAGAACUCCAGUAGAACUGAUUACUCUCAAUCUAACAGAGUAUUACGAGAAUUUUAAAAUGAAAUACUUUAUUCUUAAUGAGAAUGAUUCUGAUGUUAAAAGAACUUUUGUAAUAGAUCCAAGAAAUGGCACUUUAUAUUUAGUCAAAAGUCCGGAUCGUGAAGUAAGAGACGUUUAUGAGAUUAUAAUCAGAGCUGAAAGACAAAAGAUAAGCAGGGAGCUCCCUCAUAUGAUAUAUCCCGUAUCAGAUGACGUAUUGGAAGGGAUGAGUAAAUUCGAUGUUAAAGUAAUUUUAAGAAUUAAAGAUGUAAAUGACAAUGCGCCGAAGUUUAUAAAUGGAGGCCGACCAAUGGUGACUGCGAUACCUACAACAGCAGCAUUUGGUUAUCAAGUUAUACAGUUACAGGCAACAGAUGCUGAUCUUGGGGCUAAUGCUGACAUUCGCUACCAGAUACUUAAUGAGCAAUCGCAGCGGUUUGCUAUUGAUCCAGAAACAGGUCGCGUACGUGCGGUGGCCGCAUUUGCACGAGAUGCAGGGCGGGUCUUUGGAUUUGAUGUUAAAGCCACUGAUAAGAAAGGUGCCGAUGAUGGAAAAUCUGCCAUCGCUAAUGUUUUUGUGUAUGUGCUUGAUGACAAUAAACAACUGCUGCUUGUGCUCGGUGCUAAGCCAAUGGAAGUUGAAAAAGAAAUAGAAAAUAUAACUAGGACUCUGACAACUAUGACUGGUUAUGACGUAAGAAUCAGGCGUCUGGAAACUAAUAAUCGAGUCGCUAUGGAUGGAUAUGCCACUGAUAUGUUCAUUUAUGCUAUUGACCCAAUGUCAAAUACAAUUAUUGAUAUGGAUAUCCUCCAAAAGUCAUUAUUAAAAAGAGGUCCAGAGUUUCGGCAUAACCUUGCUGGUUUUAAAAUACUCGAAGUGGGAGAUGCCUCCAUGGCACAGCCAAGAGGCGCCAGGCUCCUUGGAACUAUGGAAAUAAGCGCAGUAGCACUAGGUUGCAUUGUUUUUGCGGCAACCCUUACGACAACGAUUGCUAUAAAAUGUUUAAGAAGCAGAAGAAAUCGUCACAAACCAUAUUCCCAGCAACGUCUUAACGCUUACUCCACUGAGCACUUAACUAAAUACGGAGGUCUCUUUCCAUCUGGAGGAAACCAGUGUCAGGAACUUCACCAAUCAAUCAGCGAGGCAGACUCGUAUAUAGACGUUAUCAAUCAAAACGUUACUAAAAAGAUAUGCCCCCACGGAAACACUGUACAAGAAUUUGGAAAAGCCCACCAAAAAUGUAUAAAAAAUCAAUUUGGCGAACAUACUUCGGAUUUUAAUCAAAAACACGAGAAACUCUGUAUCAAGUACAACCAACGACCGCUCCAAAAAAGGAAAGGUCAUGACAACUCGAUAACGUCAGUGAAUUCUAGUGGACAGGACUCUGGAAUCGCCGAAGCUGUACGAUGUCCAUGUGGCCAAUCCAGUGUGCACACAUCGGAGGAAAGCAGUGGGUGCAGUUACGAAGACUCCUUAAAAUCCAACCAUAACCAAGAGCGAAAACCUUACCAUCGGGACUUGCGGCCAGAAUCUGAUCAAAGGUUUCCUCGCCGGGCAUCUUUUGGCCACCAGCCCUUCCAACAACGAAAAACAAAUUAUGGACGACAGUCGUUUUCAGAAAACAUGCAAAGACACUAUCCACCGUUUGAGAGAAUGUCUGCAAAUAGCAGAAUAACGAGGCAAAUAUCAUCGCCCAACGUAUCUAAUCUCCCUCAGUCAUAUUUUAUGAAUAAAAGUUUCAAAAGAAAGGAAGCUUUAAAUGAACCAAUGAUAGAUUAUGAUCAAAGUGAUGAUGAUCUGUUCGAUACGAGAAUUGACAGAAGACCGAGUAAGGGUAAAAGGGGGAAGUUUAUGGAAUUGGGGGGUCAAGCUGCAGUUUUUGUGGCAACGCCAGCUGCGGCGGAGUUAAUUAGAAGGCAGGGCAGUGAAAGAUUAAUGUUUGCUAGGCCUUUAUAGUGAAGUUAUAGACUGUUGAUGCUGAAAUUGAACUUG